UGACGUCACCGGGAGAGGAGUGGAUGACGAGGAGGGGCGCUAUUCCAACCAGGAGAAAAAAAAAAAAAACACCAAGAACGAUGAAUUGCCUGAUUUGACUUUCAGUAUUCAACACUGAGGGCAUUUUUGGGCCCCAGGAGAGAGCGUUUGGACAAAGCUCAUUUCCAAGCAAUGAGGUUUCUCCCAGCUGCUUGUGCUUUUUUUUCCUGCUGCAAUUCCAGGGAUGGCUAGCUCAAGCUAACAUAGCUCGCUAACUGCUUAGCCAUCACCACUCCCGCAAAACUUAACCCCUAAUAUAUAUUUUUUUCCUUUUUAAUUUUUUCCCCCUAAUGUGCAAGUCGAUUGCUUAGCAUCCGGAGCUCGUCGACGUGUGCAUGCGGUAGAUGGACGGGCUGACAGGCGGCGGUUGCAACCACUGCGCGGGCGUGAAGUGUCGGCGUCGGGGCGGCUAGGCUCGCGGGAGGGCUCCGACAAAUGUGGCAGGGGCGCUCAACAGUGUCCCGCUGCCUCCGGGACACGAGUGUUUAAUAAAAAUAGGCUUUUUUCGGGGUGUGUAGGUGUAGUUAAACUUCCACGACUUGAGCAGCGGCGCUGGGAAUGAUUAAAACAGUAUUGGCACAGUGGGAAUCUUAUUUUUAACACCUUCACCACCUUAAUUAGAUUUUCUUUUCUUACAUAAAAAGUCUUUUACUGGUUCUAAUUUGUCGUUUUCCCCCUUUAAAGUCUUCUGGCAAGUCCCCCCCCCCCCCCCCUUGCAAACUCCGAAUUUGCAUACGAUUUAAGGCUUACGCUGUCAAAUAUUUGUCACCGAGGACGAGCAAAAAAAAGUAGCGAAAUUCCCAUUUGACUUGACGGGAUUCCAUACACUUGAGCUUGGAAAGCCUUUUCCGAGCCCGACGCGACCUCCACCCCCACCCCCCUUCGUCCGUCAGGCAGGGCUUUUCUGGCUCAUGCGGUGAUGACUCUUGACUCCAUGAUGGCUUGUUGCCUGAGUGAAGAGGCGAAGGAGUCCAAACGGAUCAACUCUGAGAUCGAGAAGCAACUGCGGCGGGACAAACGAGACGCCAGGAGGGAGCUGAAGCUACUUCUGUUGGGUACCGGCGAGAGCGGCAAGAGCACUUUUAUCAAGCAAAUGCGAAUCAUCCACGGCUCGGGCUACACCGAUGAGGACAAGAAGGGCUUCACCAAACUGGUCUACCAGAACAUCUUCACGUCCAUGCAGUCCAUGAUCCGUGCCACCGAAACACUCAAGAUACCGUACAAGUUCGAACAGAACAAAAACAACGCGCAGCUGGUGCGCGAGGUGGACGUGGAGAUGGUGACGUCGUUCGAUCAGCCGUACAUCGGUGCCAUCAAGAUGCUGUGGGCUGACCCUGGCAUCCAGGAGGCCUACGACCGCAGGAGAGAGUACCAGCUCUCUGACUCCACCAAAUACUAUCUUAGCGAUCUGGAUCGUAUCGCUGAAUCUUCCUAUCUACCCACCCAACAGGAUGUGCUUAGGGUUCGAAUCCCAACCACUGGGAUCAUAGAAUACCCUUUCGACUUGCAAAGCAUCAUCUUCAGGAUGGUGGACGUCGGCGGCCAGCGGUCGGAGAGGAGGAAGUGGAUCCACUGCUUUGAGAACGUCACCUCCAUCAUGUUUCUGGUGGCGCUCAGCGAGUACGACCAAGUGCUGGUGGAGUCGGACAACGAGAACCGCAUGGAGGAGAGCAAAGCGCUGUUCAGAACCAUCAUCACAUAUCCUUGGUUUCAAAACUCCUCCGUCAUCCUCUUCCUCAACAAGAGGGACCUGCUGGAGGAGAAGAUCAUGUAUUCUCACCUGGUGGACUACUUCCCGGAGUUUGACGGCCCUCAGCGUGACCCACUGGCAGGCCGCGAGUUCAUCCUGAAGAUGUUUGUGGACUUGAACCCGGACAGCGACAAGAUCAUCUACUCGCACUUCACGUGCGCCACCGACACGGAGAACAUCCGCUUCGUCUUUGCCGCCGUCAAAGACACCAUCCUGCAGCUCAACCUCAAAGAGUACAACUUGGUGUGAAGUGCUGUGUGACACAAAGAGAGAGGAGAGAGCAACACACACACACACACACAUUUUAUUAUCCACUUCCGCAAACACACACACACACAUCUGCAUGGAACGCAGUCAUCGGUUUCGCUCUACACUCGCUAUCUCUCUUUUUUCGGGGCUCCUAACAGUGCCCGCCAAUCCAUAGUUGAACCUUUUGAAAUUAUCGGCAGUGCUUUCGUGUGGCGGGCGUGGCCCACGUCAAACACGUAACGCUUUAAAGGGCUCCUCUCCCUAAUUGCGUACGCCGUGCAUGCUGGACACGACGACAGUGUGCUCGUUGUGAGGAAUAAAUCUGUCGAUGUUUAAAAAGAAAAAAGAAAAAGCUCCAAUUCAGAGUGCACACACUCUGUUGAAUGUAAAUACUUUUGCUUACCCAUUGAUGACUUAUCUACUUUUUGCCUACUUUGUAAUUACAGCGGCUACACUCGGAAGGAUUGUAACCCGCCACAGACACACACACACACACACACAUACACACACUGCCCCCUCGGCGUUUGAAGUGUUAGCACCCCUUUAAUAAGACAGCACUACCACUCAGUUGACUGCAAAUCACUCCACUGUCGCUUUGCCAAAUUGACACCACAUUUUCCCUUUUUCUUUUGUUUUUGGUGUAAAUAGAAAUCCAGUCUAUCGCCAGUAUUUCUUGAGUGCAGGACUUGGGAUCCGGUCCGCCAUGCAGUUCUCUGGCUCUUGAGAUGUGUCAAAUUUAAGAGAACCGCCGGAGAGAGUAGGGGGGAGUAGUCGCUUCUGUGUAUUUCCGUAAGUUGUGGUUUCCUAUUAAUCUCAAGGGCGAGGACUUCAGAUGUUGCUUGGAAUCGAUUUAUUAGAGUUCUACGUUAUUAUACCGAUUCCACGAAACACACACUGACUCAAUUUAUUUUUUUUCCUUCAAGUGCAGUUUCCCAACCUUUAUUGUACGUUAGAAAAAGCGCACAGCAUACCGCCAAAGAAAAAUGUCACGAAAAGUACAUUAACUGAUGUGAUGAGCACAAAAGCUUAUAUUCUGUUGUAUGAAAGGUUACGUAGGUUAAUUGUCUCUUCUGCCGUCUAAUAGUAAAGCAUUACAUUGUUGUGUCACUGGCAUAAAUAGACAAACAACAAUAUAUUUGUGGAAUAUUGUGCAAAUCUUCAUGCUUGUAUACCAGCUUCAAAUAUAAAUAAGCAAUUGAAUUAACUCUAGGACGAGUUGGUUGAAGGAAAAAAAAAGCAAAACAAUUAUAAGUCCUACCCAAAUGUUAAGGUACUGUGGGAAUUCCCGAGACGUCACGCCACUUAAGAUAAACGUGCCUACCAAAUGUGCAUUUUCAGCAGGAUAAAAAGAAAAAUUCAGAUUACUAUUUUCAGGUCACCGGUUUUCUGUUCUUGGUCACAUGACGUUGUCAAGCUGAGCUUUUGGGAACUGUAAUGUCAUUUUCAGUCGAUAGCAAGCGGUGCUACAAGGCAAGAUGUCUGCCCCAUGACUCUAGAUUUCUGUUGAAUUCAUAUUCCACCAACUUAUUAUUAAUCGGAAAACGUUUUCAGAUGAGUAAGGGAUCAUAGAUGAUAAUAUUGCUAAGAACAUUUUUGACUUUGCUUGCCCUUUAACAUGCGAGUGGCUUUCUUUUGUUCCAAUCGUGGAAGCGACCUUCCCAUUUUUUGCUUCUCAUUCAACCGCAUUGCGUCAGUUUUUUUUUUUUUUCUUUUCUGUUCAACUGGCACAUUUGAUGAACUACUCCAAAGUGUUUGUUUUUUUCCUCCCCCCCCCCCCCCUCUUCCUCUAUGCGUCCUGGAUCUGUGGGGUCUCCUUUCUGUCAUGCUCAAACAGGGAGACUGGCUUUUUUACUGCUGUAAGAUAUCCAAGCUAUUUUAACGGCAAAGACGUGUUUUAUCUUUCUGACGUCUUUUUAAAAAGACGGUGGAACGGCAGCAUUGGCUCUAUUUUCGGGUUCACGCUUUAUGCAAAAAUUGUAACAAAAGACAAAAAAAAAAAAUCCAAAACACAUCUAGUGGUUGGUUGAAUAUUUACUGUCGGAGCAUUCUUGAAUUGUCCUUUUUUGUAAUUUGAAAGCCGAAGUUGUCGACUGUUGCUACCGAUCUCAUAUUGUGCGUGUCUGUUGAUGUUCUUACUCUUUCUCUAGAGCAGGGUUCCCCCAAAACUGAUGCUGGCUGGGCUCAGAUAUUUUCUCGCGCGUAGUUUCCCGGCAAAGGGCUUUUUGAUUCUUGGUCAUGAGUUGUGAUGUAUUUUAUUGAGCGGGCAGGCGGGCGAUGAAGAAGCACCUUUCAUAUUUGGCUCUUGGGUUGAUCCAGUUGGGGAAGCCCUGCGCUUUGGUUCAUAAUAUAGAAUUCAGGUGAGUUGUCGUCACCUUGUCGUCACAAGGGCUACUAUUAGCGGCUUUGAUUUUUGAGGUGGUGGUGGGAGGGGUGGUGGCGUCUAAACCACAGAUGCCUAUAUGUGAUAUUCCUGAUGGCUUUUUGUUUUCUUCACAUUUGCCUUUUUUUUUUUUUUUCCUACAAGACAAAAGCAAGCAUCUUGACUCCCCCUUUCCUCGUCACUUUUUCCAUCGCCGUUAUUUUUGCUCAAACUGAGGUGUCCCUCAUUUUGCGUAGCAAUUUUUCCCCAUCCUAUAUUGAGCCAAGGCUACAUUAAAUUAAAACGUGUUGGCACGCCACCAAAUGAAAAAUACAUACUGGAAUAAUGAUGGUAUACGGUGCUAGUGGAAGAACAUUGAUUUGUUCUGCCUGUCACUUUUAGCUGGAAUAGAUUUGAUUUGUAAUCGAUUAUUUUGGGACCAAUUAAAUGAAAUCGCUUGAGUGGGAAAAAUCUCAGCACACGACCAAAAAUGUCACCAAAAGUACAGAAAUCGGGCUCGGUUCAAUUUAAUCACAAAGAUGACUUUGUAUCAAAUUCGUGAACAUACUGCCAGAAGCAUCUCACUGGCCAGAGGCUGAGCUGCACUGUUUGUUCACAGUCUGUAUUCAUUCUUUCACUGAUCUACUGUGUUCCAUAUCGGUGGUAGGCUCGCGUGCCGUACCCAAAUUGUCCCGUAUUGGUAGAUAUGAAAGCAUUGUGCCGUUACGCUCCUAGCUCAACAGCUUGUAUUGAUUGAAACGUCAAGGUACUGUUCAUGGCCAUCUAGUUCUUGAAACGAAUGAAUCUGCUGCCCCCACCUUUCUUGAUUGGGUGGUGUCGUCUCCAUGGGUCAGAGCACUGAAAUGACUUGAUACUCGCGUUCAUUGUUUUGUUUUUGCUUCAGCUUCCUUUCUUGUAACUGUCACGUUCAGCUCUGAUCAUUUUUGUAAGGCAGACACACUUAACCACGUGUAUAUUUUGCAACCACUUCACAUUUUUUUCCCCUUUAGUUUUUCAAUAACUAUGUAGUGGUGUACAAAUUGAAAGUAAUGUUUGUUUGUUUUUUUUUUUUUAAAUAUACCAAAUGUAAAUUUUGUACCAUGAGUGUGCCAAUGCCCUUUCUUUGUAAAGCCAAACUUUUGACUUAAUACUUAAGUGCCAAUGUCAUGAGAGAUGGGGUGGGGGGGAGGGAUGAGGGCCCAUGAACUUUCGUGGUCCACUUUUUAAAAAUAAAUAAACACUAAAUAUGUGACUAAUUAACAGUUUUAUUCUUUAUUUAAGAUGAUUGAUCUGCUGUUUUUAACUGCAUGUGAUUGGCAGGGAAGGUGGCGUCUGCUAGCCAUGCUCUCAUGGGAAGGGUUGUGCUUAUUGAUUUACAGUAUUUUAGCCAUAUUUCUUUUGUUUUACAUUUCAACCACUGUUGCCUGAACCUCAUUUUAACAUCAAAAACAACUUUCAUAACCUUCUCCUUUUCAAUGUUUCAAUUGGAAUAAAAAAUAUUCCUAUACUCUA